UCUAUGGCAGUGAGUAGGUGCUUCACGUCCAGCUCCCGGGCAUUCCAGCCGACGGCCAUACACCGUGCCCAAAGGGCCGCUGAUAUCAAAGCUCAUCCCGAAUCCAGCGUCACGCAGGAGAAGCUGCCGGACAAGGACCAUAAUCGCCAUUGGACGGAGGAGAACGCGACGCUGAGUGAAGCCGAUGUA